AUGAAGGUGGUCGUUGCGUUGUUUGGCCUGGUAGUCUCUGCGCUUGCGCAAGAGACCUCGAGCUAUACCGGCCCAAUGUUCGACCCGGACACCGCGCCAUUCUUCGGUCCUAGCACUAUCGUAUUUCCUUCGGUCACCGAGUCCGCUCCUUGCUAUGGCCAACUCGACGCUGUCGACUUCAACGUUGUCGCGCAACUCUACGACCUCGCAUUUCUCAACGCAUUCCUCCACGCAUUCCUCAGCACACUCCUCUACGUCGGUUAG